AUGUCCAAGAAAAAGGUACGAACUUUGCCACCAUCAAGCUCUGUCCGGGCUAAGCACUCGAAGAGGUCGCGUUCUCCGUCUCCACUUCCCGAUAACAUUGAUGCUUUUGCCCCUCUUUCAUCACUAAUUUCCGACCAUGAAAAGCUGGCGUCUGCUGCUGUCAGUUUUGUUGGUUGGAAAACUGUGGAGUCAAUGUUACCUCCAUGUCUACAGGGCCGCUCACGCGAUGACAUAGUCCAACUUGUUUCUGAUGAACUCGACGGAAUGUCAAGGAAACGUAUUUGCUGUAUUUUAGAAGGUAUGACUUAG